UAGCUGGACAGCUGAAAUGUGAGGGGUCACAAUGGGAGGAUAAAUACAAGGGCUAGCGGGCUGAGGGGGUGUCGCAGACGAAAGCAGGAUCUUCUCCCUCCCUCUCUCUUCUCUCAGCUCUCCUCCUAACCUCAAAGAGUCAGGAUGCCUCACGCAUACCCCUUCCUCACUCCUGAGCAGAAGAAGGAGCUCAGUGAUAUUGCUCAGAAGAUCGUCGCUACCGGCAAGGGAAUCCUCGCCGCAGAUGAAUCUACCGGCAGCGUUGCCAAACGCUUCCAGAGCAUCAAUGCUGAGAACACUGAGGAGAACAGGAGGCUGUACCGCCAGCUCCUCUUCACCGCUGAUGACCGCAUCAAACCUUGCAUUGGCGGAGUCAUCCUCUUCCAUGAGACCAUGUACCAGAAGGCCGAUGAUGGCAAGUCCUUCACCCAGUACCUCAAAGACAGAGGCAUGGUGGUGGGCAUCAAGGUCGACAAAGGUGUUGUCCCCCUGGCCGGAACCAACGGCGAGACAACCACCCAGGGUCUUGAUGGACUGUAUGAGCGCUGCGCCCAGUACAAGAAGGAUGGUGCUGACUUUGCUAAGUGGCGCUGUGUGCUGAAGAUCACCCCCACCACUCCCUCAAGACUAGCCAUCAUUGAGAACGCCAAUGUCCUGGCCCGCUAUGCCAGCAUCUGCCAGAUGCAUGGCAUUGUCCCCAUCGUCGAGCCUGAGAUUCUCCCUGAUGGUGACCAUGACCUGAAGCGCUGCCAGUAUGUUACUGAGAAGGUCCUGGCUGCCGUAUACAAGGCCCUGUCCGACCACCAUGUCUACCUGGAGGGCACCCUGCUCAAGCCUAACAUGGUUACCGCUGGACACUCCUGCUCACACAAGUACAGCAACCAGGAGAUCGCCAUGUCAACUGUUACUGCCCUGCGCCGCACUGUGCCCCCUGCAGUCCCUGGCAUUACCUUCCUGUCUGGUGGCCAGAGUGAGGAGGAGGCCUCCGUGAACCUGAACGCCAUGAACCAGUGCCCUCUGCACAGGCCCUGGGCCCUGACCUUCUCAUACGGUCGUGCCCUGCAGGCCUCUGCCCUCAAAGCCUGGGGUGGCAAGAAGGAGAAUGGGAAGGCAUGCCAGGAAGAGUUCAUCAAGAGAGCUCUGGCUAACAACCUGGCCUGCCAGGGCAAAUAUGUUUCCGCUGGAAGCAGCGCUGCCGGUGGAGAGUCACUGUUUGUGGCUAACCACGCUUAUUAAGCAUGGACACUCACCGAUUCCCUUUCCACCUUCUUCCCAACAUUAUUACGUCACCAUGGAAAAGGCACCACCUAACAGCACUUUUACAGCAUCUUGGAAGAAAGCACAAGAGAAAGAUGGGAAAAACACUUUCCCUUGAGUUGUUGAUGCAGCCAGGAGAUCCUGAAAAAAUGUUCUGCCUCCAUUCCCUUACCUUUUAUUUUUUAACACCCUUUCUCAAGUGAAGAUUCCCACAAUGUUUUUACAAAACCUUUUUCCUUGGUUUGAUUCCACCAAAUCCAGUAUAUGAUUUAUACUGGUACCAUUGAAUAAAGUAUUUACCUUAACAUGUGGCUUUA